AUGGUCCGUCGUUGUAUAUUGUGUUGUAGUGCAUCAAAUACACACAAAGACCUCAGUUUCCAUCAGUUUCCAAAGAAUGAAAUUAUACGAUCAAUUUGGAUUGACUCUUUAAGUAUAAAAGAAGUUGUUAAAGACUCGCAUCGAAUUUGUAGUACACACUUUUCUCCAGACCAUUAUACUUUUAAAAAUGAACGGAAGAUUUUAAAACUAGGCGCCAUUCCAAAAAAGAAAGAAAUGAAAGACGAAGUCGGAAGUUGUGGAACUUCCUUAGAACAUGACGCAAAUUUAAUGAGUAACAGUUUAAUUGAAGUUGAUUGUUGUCCUGAUAUUGACAUUUCAAAUGAAUCUGCACCAAGUACAAGUAAAAGUUUAAUUGAAGUUGAUUGUUGUCCUGAUAUUGACAUUUUCAAUGAAUCUGCACCAAGUACAAGUAAAAGGAAAGAAGUGAAAGACGAAGUCGGAAGUUGUGAAACUUCCUUAGACCAUGACGUGAAUUUAAUGUGUAACAGUUUAAUUGAAGUUGAUUGUUGUCCUGAUAUUGACAUUUCAAAUGAAUCUGCACCAAGUACAAGUGAAAGGUUAAAAAGUCUAUCAAAAAACACAAAGAAAACCUAUAAGGUUGUAAAUAGUGAGGAAGUAACGUCACCAAUAAAAUCGAAUAAAUGUAAACGACAGACUUCGGAUAAAGAAGACUCAAUAAACGAAACCCCUCAAUCAGUGGACAAGGACGUGGAGACAUAUGUUAGUAAUAAUUAUGUCAGCGAAGACGGCGGUAAGAAAUUAGAAGUUUUUGAUUCUCUGGACGAUCACACUUCGGAAUAUCGCACUAUGACCGACACAGGUAUGAUGUGCUACAUGCCUACAUAUGAUAGCAAGGACAACAAAUACAUAAAAUGUGGUUCUUCAUUGCAGACUCGUAUGCAAUAUGAUUUUAUAUAA